GAGUUGAGUUCUUCAAUCUUCAGCUGAACCUGCAUCAGUUUCAAGGCCACCAUCAUGAGUCAAAGCCCAGAAAGGAUGUCCUCCUACCGUCGUCAUUUUGAGGGCACUGGAGCAGUCAAUGCCACAGACAAGCUUCGGAUGUCCAGUCCAUCUCCCACCCGAAAGGAGACCCGCCAUAGGUCCACCAGCUUCAACCGCAGUGGAGGGUGGAAGACAAUGGGGAACAGGGCUCUGACCGCCAAGUCUCGUUUGACAAGCAGUGUUAGUAUGGGGACACUGUGUGUGGACAUGCCCAUGAGGCAGGGGACAAGUCUGGACAUGGACACAGCUGCAGCAGAGAACCAGGCGUUCAAGAUGACUCGCACAAAUGAAAGACAGGAGAUGGUCGUCCUCAAUGAUCGCCUGGCAGUUUAUAUCGAAAAGGUACGAACACUGGAAUCGAAAAACAAGCUGCUGGAGGCUGAAAUUGAGACCCUGAAAAGCUCGUAUGAAAGAACAUCAGGACUCCGGCAGCUUUACGAGACUCAGCUGAAGGAACUCAGCAGGGAGGCUGAGCAAAUGCAAGAACGGAGGGAUUUGUCUUUGGCAGCCAAGGAGGCCUUGUCGGUCCAGCUGGAGACACUAAAGUCCAAAUAUGACGAGGCACUGGCAGCCAGGAAGCAGACAGAGCUUGAAAUUGAGGUUUUACGUCCGGAUGUGGACAAAGCUACCGCAGCUCAAAUUAAACUGGAGAAGCAUCAGGAAAACUUAGAAACUGAGCUGGAUUUCCUGCAAAAAGUUCACAAGGAGGAAAUCGAGGAGCUGAUGCAGCAGAUCUAUUCCUCAGCAUCCAAGAUGGACUCGACCUUUGACCUCCCAGACCUCUCCUCUGCUCUCACGCAGAUUCAGUCUCAGUACGACAGCAUUGCCGCCAAAAACUUACAGGAAAUGGAUACUUGGUACAGAACUAUGUUUCAUGACAUGGGUGACGCUACUGCUAAACAUGCUCAAAGUGUUCGAAGUCUGAGAGAGGAAAUCGCUGCUUAUAGAAAGGACAUUCUGAACAAGGAACGCAACUUGGAGUCACUGAGGACAAGGAAUGAGUUUUUGGAGGGUCACGUCCGUGACGUCACAGCGAAAUACAAGAAGGAGGAGGAGGAAUUGCAGGAGCAUAUCGAGGCAUCUGAGCAAAACCUCAAGCUGAUCAAGCAGAAGACUGCUCUGCUCAUGAGAGAAUAUCAGGAGCUUCUGAAUGCCAAGAUGGCUAUGGAGAUCGAGAUCGCCACCUACAGAAAGCUGAUUGAAGGAGAAGAUGGCCGUCUGAGCACCAUGGUUGGGAAAUUGUCCCUGACUGGUACACACCUCACUCCCAGUGCUGCCUCAGCUUCCCUCUCAGCCCCCGUGGGGUCUCUGAAAUUUGAUGGAGCCCCCAGUGACACAGACAGAACCAAGCCUGCUGCAGCUACAGAUGGAGUGGGGCUGGUUGCUCCAGUCAACCAGGCUGACGGUAACCUGCAGCAGCAGGCAACUGAGAUGUCGAAGAGGAAGACGGUCCUCAUCAGAACAGUUAAAACUGACGAGGGCAGUUUUGUGAGCAACGCACAGCAGUGCACAGUCACCAUUUCUGGAGCUGCCGAUGAAGAAUAAACAAGUCGAUGUGUGAUUUCAGUGAUCACAUGCAGA